AAAUUGUCCUUUUCCUCCCCAGAAAUGGUGUGGGGUGGAGGAAAUAACGGACAGAGGGAAUCAUAAUUAAGGUUGGAAAAGACCUCUCAAAACAUCAAUUCUGAUCAUCAGUCCAUCACCACCAUGUCCCCAAGUGCCACAUCUUGUCUCUUGAAAGCCACCGUGGACAGUGACUCCACCCCUUCCAAGGGUGCUCCAUCUCUUUUUCUGAUACCCAGACCUCUCCAUCCACACAGAGAAUCCCAAGGCCAGGGAGGUGGAAACUUGUCUGUGGACUAAAUCAAUUUAUAAUGUGAUUCUCUAACUGCCUCCAAUUUGAUUUUCAUUUGUAGCACUACAAUUAUCAGAUUGAUAUUCCCGGCAGCUCAACCUUGAAAUGGGAAGGUGUGCUGUGCAGUGCUGGCGAGCGAAGAUUAUCUGCCUUGUGCCAAUUUUUGAGUAUUUUUCUAAUUAGCCAUCAGGUGUGCGUUGCUGGGAUUAUUCUCUUUUUGUCCUCAAAGUCUUUUCUGAUUAAGUUUUCCUGCUGUCUCAGAGUCAAGAUAUGGUACCAAUGGGACUGGUGACCUCCCAUAGUAGCUGUGAAGCUGAUGGAAAUGAGUUUUAUGCUGAAUGGGGAGAGGUGCCAAAGAGGUAGUGGUUCUUCUCCCACUGUUUUUUUUUUCCCCCUGUCGGGAUGGUUUGUGCAUGCUGACGUAGCUGGGUGCAGGUAUGUGGAUGUGGUAGGUCCCAAGGGGACCCCGGUGGCAUCUCCUGCAGAGUACUAUGGAGUUUCAAAGUGUCCUGGUGGCAUCUCCCUGGGGUUCUAUGAUGGUACGUCCAAAGGAGGCCUUGGUGGCAUCACUAAAGUGUGUCAUGGAGUUAUGUCCCAGGGGUGCCAUGGUGGUAGAUGCCAAAGGUGCCAUGGUGACAUUUCCCACGGGUGCUAUGAUGCUACAUCCCGAAGGUGCCCUGGUGGCAUCUCAAGUGCUUAAUAGGGAUUUGUCCUAAAGCUGCAAUGGUGGCAUCUCCUAGGGGAGUGUCCUGGUGGUCUGUCCCCAGUUGGUCCCUGCUGCAUCUCCCAGGGGACAUCCAGGUGGCAUCUCCUAAAGGUACGAUGCAGAUGGACAGGAUGCAGGAAGGGUGUCCUAGUGCAGACCCUUCCCCACAUCCAGGCUGUCCCUGCUGUCACCAGCUCUAGGUGACCUCAGUGGCAGUUCAUGACCCUUCCCUGCUUUAUGAAGAUAAGAAAUUAAUGACCUGCUCCCCCAGAUGAAGCUCAUUGUGUUCCCUUGGGACUGGCUUAUAGGGCCAACGCUCAGUGGGGAUUUGGGGCAGGGGGGCGGUGUGGGCUGCUUAGCCACCAGCAGAUGCUUUUUUGGGAUGCAGGGCUGAGCAAGCAGCAGCCCUGGCCUGCUUUCAGCCUGGGUGCAGCCGCUGAGCGCUGUUGCAAUCUAAAUGCAACCUGACAGCGCUGGAGAUGAUCCGUGACUGGGGUUUAUUUUUGGGGAAGGGAUGCGCUCUGCAAACCCACACUGUGGGGGCUGGCUGGGAAAAGGACAAAGCAGCCCCUGGGGGCUUUCAGCCCCCAAACCAGCAUGUAGUUCCUUGUUCUCCUUAAACCUCCCUGCAUGAGGGGGUGUCUCAUUGUUUGACAUUGAAGGGAGAUGCCAACCUGAUUUUCCAAGACAAAUGAUGGAGGAGCAGAAAAUAGUUUUAAGGUUGGUUUUUUUUUUUGUGUUGUCUCUGUCAAAAGUACGGUUAAAAAAAAAAACUGUAAAGUGGUGCAGCUGUGGUGGGGUGGUAAGCAGUGCAAUGGUGCAAUUACAAAGGAUUCAAUGGUAAAUGGUGGUGUUGUGCUAUGGAUUGGCUAUGAGAAAACUGAAGCACUGAAAAAUUUCUCUCCCUCCACUACCUUUAAUGAAAGUAUUUUGAUGCCUUCCAGGUUUUUUUCCCCCUCAGUGACCUUUCUCCCCAAAGGGUCUUUCAUCUGUGCAGGGGGUUGGGGAAUGGGGCACUUGUUUCAGCAAGGGUUGGGGAUAUCAAAGGGUCCCCAUGUCCCUUCCCAGCAAGGCAGAGAGGGGUGGUCUGCCCCAGGGGUGUCCUUUAAAGGAAAGUCUUUGAAAAAAAAAAAAGACAAAUUUCUAAUGAUAAUAAUAACAAAAACAGCACAGGAGCCCAGGAGCCCCCCUGGGGAGGGUAGAAUAGCAAAGGAGGAAUUACUUUGAGCAGCUGCAAAGGAAGGUCUGCUCUGAAGAUAGGCUCAGCUGAGGCUUGGAAGGGGAUAUAGACCUGAGCAAUAAAAAGAGGAAAGUAACUCACUGCAGAAAUGCAGGGUGAGGAUUUGAGGGUUGAGUGCUUUGUGGUGGGUGCUGCAUGUAUGACAUCGUAUGACACCAAGCUGGUGCUCUCUGCUCCUCCCUGCCCAUGUUUAGGAGCAUCCAGAGAUAACGUGCAUAUGUAUUUAUAUGUAUGUAUUUGUAUACCUGCAGUGCAAUGAGCAAGAUUACCAUUACCCUGCUUGCUUGCUGCCCCUAUGGCUUUGAAAAUGAAUUAAAUAGCGUAUCCUAGUGCCAUGGCACACCAGUGCUCCUCCAGCCCUCCACCUCUGUUGUAUGUAUGGGCACACGUGUAGAACCUCAGCUGAAGCGGGCUGAGCCCCUUCCAGUGAUGCAACGUGGAAGCAGAACAGUGUUCCCAUGAAAAGGAGUUGGGGUCUUGCUGAAGGUGCGUUGUUAUUAAGGCCUGUGCUGCUGACAAUGGGCAAAUUAUUCCAUCCAAAGCAACAAGUGGCUGCAGAGUGGGGUGAAAGUCAGCUUUGCUCUGAUAUAAAGACUUAACAAAGCAGCUCUGCUCUGUCAAUAUUUUCCUUGCUGCAGCAAGCUGUGAAAUCCCAUGGGCUCAGCAGUGUCAACACAACACUUCCCCCAGCACUAUCUGCUGGUGAGGAGAUAGGGGGCAAGGGGAAAGGAAAGAAAAAUGGGAGAAAGUCGAAUUCAGAACAUUUUUUAAAAUUAUUGUUUUUAUAUUGCAACCAAGGCAGAGUGCAUUGCCCCUGGUGCUGCCCCACGCUGCUGGAUUGCAAUUUGGGUAUAAUCCAGCUUAACUUGAGCUCAUCUACCCUCUGGGCAGGAGAGGCUCUAAUUUCCCCCUCCCCCCCCCCCCCCCCAUGCUUUUGCUUUGGGGGAUGCAACCUCAAUCCUUUAUUAUUGCACCAAUUGGAUUUUUUGUAUGGUGAUUUAUUGAUCCUGAGUUGGUUUUGGUGUGGGUUCGGGGUCCCCCAUCACACUCAGGGACCUUUCACCAGGGCAUGAAGCCUUUGAACUGAGUUACACCUCCCAUCCUAUACAUCAAUGCACAUGCCCUAUUCAGGCUUAAUUCUUGCAGAAAUCCCCCAGAUGAAUGCAAAUUCCUGAGAUCAUGCCCUGAACCCACCCACAGGUUAGCGCAGCCUUUUGCAGCAGCUCCAGCUUGUAGGGCCAUGUGCUGCCCACGGGGAGCAGCAGAUUUGCAGCAGUUUACAUCGGAAUCAGCCUUAGGAAAAUAGAAAAAAAAAAAAGAGGAUGAGGAUAUCUGUACGUGGUUACACAUGUACAUCAGCAAUAGGGAGGCUUAUGCAGCACUCCCUUCUCCUAUAGAUAUAAAUAUAUACUUUGCCAUAAUGUGUGCCUGGCAGAAAUGGGCUGGCAUUGCUGUUUGUAGGGCUGUAAUGUCUUGGGGUCUGCUGCAGGAGGAUGCGAUACCCAAAGAACCUUGCAAUGCCCCCUGCAAAAUUAAAACCUCCUGCAAACUUUGAGCUAUACAGAAUUCAAGGGUCAGGCUGGGGAAGGUGCAGCGCUGUGGAUGUACCUGCUUUAGGAUUUGGGGUGGGCACAGCCCCAUCUCUGCUCCUAUUCUGCUCCCUCUGCCCCAGUGCCUUCCCACAGCAGCUCAGAUGGUGAUGAUUAACCAAAUAAGAUUUCCAUCUGUUGAGGACUUUCUGGGAGUUAUUACCAGCAAUAAAACCAAAUGAUGGAUCUGAGGGGGUAAGUGCCUCCCAUUAUGAGCAACAGUGACUUUUAAAUAAGGUUAUGAGGUUCCUUAUGGCCCUGCCUACCCCAUGGGAGAGGCAUCUCAUGGGAAAAUCCCGCUGUUGCACACUGGGAAAUGGCUCUGAUGGCUAAAUGCAAUGCUUUGGGAGGUUCUGGGGUGCCGCAGCAGUUUUGGGAUGUAAUUUGCACAUUGUGCAGAAUGUGCACUGGAUUUUGGGGUCCUGCGAAGCUGCUUCUGAACAGCUCCAGCCCCACCUCCUUAAUCUCUUUCUCUUGCGAAGAAGUCAAGGAGCCUCUGUCCUUAGCCCAUCCCUUUUGCUUCUGUGCUGUGAUUGAAGCUGACGAGGUUUGGGAUGCAAAGCAGAGGGUUAACCACUGCACUGCUGCAGCCCUGUGCAGGGAUCAUCAGGGAAAUGGCUGCUGGAAAGUGAUGGGAAGCAGAGCUUCGGUGCUUCAAUGGAGUUUUUCAACAAAACGUGUGCUUCAAAUGAGCUGGCAGCAGAGCAAAAGGGCUUUGGUGCAAUUCCCUAUGAGCUUUUCCACAGGUUUGCGUGCAGAGGGAUGAGUGCCAACAUGCAAAGCCUAUUGCGGGUGGAUGCUCAGAGCAGCUGGAUUCAGGAGGCUUGCAACAGCAGCAGUGGGUAUUAUAUGCUGCAGCUGCAAAUUCAGCUGCUUUUCCCCAGCUGCAGUGGGGGAGCUGUGCUCAGGUAAUGCUGCUGCAGGGUCAGCCCAUAGUAAACCAGUGGUGUUAGCACAAAAGCUUCAGCAAACCAAGGCAACAGGGGGACAGAUAGAGAGCAGUGGGAUGAGCUGCCUCCUGCAGCUAACAGGCAAUAUCUGUGCCCUCUUAAUUCCUACUAGUGAAUUUUCUCAGCUCUUUGGAAGGAUUAAACCCAACUGAGCAGCAGGUAAUAAUCUGAAUGCUGUUGAAUGCUUAACAUCCUCAAGAGCAUCCCAGGUGUGUGCAAGGCAGGGCUGGAGCAUCUCCAGCAGAAGGUGCACCUCGCCAUUGCUGAUACUGGACAUGAGAAAGAUGCUUCGGGCUCAAAAUCCCAGGUGAGAUCUGGGGAAAAUUUGGGGUUUUGACAAUGUGACUUAACCUGGCAUUGACACCAACAAGAAGCAGUAGGGAUAUUUGCACAGGGACGCUGUGCCUUUGCCCCACACUUUUGCAGCCCUCGCUGGCUGCUGCAUUUGCUGUUGGAGUGAAAGCAACACCAUGAGCAGUGCGCACAGGGCUGAUAGCCACCAAGACUACCCCCAGGCACAGCUGCCAGCAAAUGAAUUUCUGUUGCAAACCGUCCCCCGUGGCAUCCCUGUAGUGCAAAACCAGCGACCCGCCAGGCUGCAGCUUUUCUAUCAAAGCUUUGCAAUGUGGUUCCAGCACAGAUAGAACUCAGUCCUGGGAGCAAUGAUAAAACCCUCCCGAAAUCUGUGUUAGUUCACAUGGCUCUGCCCCCAGGGGCCCUGCAAGACAUCAAACACAGCAGCAGAGAGGAGCACAGCAGUGGAAAUAAGCUCCUGUGAAGGCAGCUGGGGCUGAGUUCGGGUUCAGUCAGCCCUGAUCAGCUCAGCCGCAGCCGUUCCCACUGAUGCUCUGUAAGCACUUGGCAGAUAUGCUGUAAGACCACAGCUCCGGGCACUGAAUGUUUCUUUUUUUUCCCACUUUUUUAAAAAUUUUCUUUUUCCAGCAGAGCAGGGCAUGAUCCGCUGUGGGCGAAAUAAAUACCGGCUGCUAAUUGCCUGUGCCAAGCGAAUGCCAUACCCGAGCCCUAAUGGAGCGAUUAACCCCGGAGCAGCAGGAUAGCCCUGACCUCUGCUUCCAGCUGACUUCUGCCAUGAGCACAGCAUCGGAGGGGCAUCUUCAGGGGGAGAUGAAGCUGGUUCACCGGUCUGGAGCUGCUGGUCCUUGGAUGAGUGGAGUCUGAAAAAGUGGCUGGAAGCCUACCUGACAGUCAGCAUCGAGCCACUGCCACCCGUGGUGGUGGGCGACGCUGUGACAUUGAAAUGCAACUUCAAGACGGAUGGGAAGAUGCGGGAGAUCGUCUGGUACCGGGUCACUGAUGGUGGCACAAUCAAGCAGAAGAUCUUCACCUUUGAUGCCAUGUUCUCCACCAAUUUCUCACACAUGGAGAACUACAGGAAGAGGGAGGACCUGGUCUACCAGUCCACAGUGCGCCUCCCCGAGGUUCGCAUUUCGGACAAUGGCCCCUAUGAGUGUCACGUUGGGAUUUAUGACCGAGCCACACGGGAGAAGGUGGUCCUGGCGUCUGGUAAUAUAUUCCUCAACGUGAUGGCUCCGCCAACAUCUAUCUCAGUGAUCGCCGCUGACACACCAGCACCCUUCAGCCGCUACCAGGCACAGAACUUUACCUUGGUGUGUGUAGUGUCCGGUGGCAAGCCCGCCCCACUGGUGUACUUCAAGCGCGAUGGGGAGCCCAUUGAGGCGACCCCGCUGCCUGAACCACCAGCUGCCACCGGAAACUGGGCACCUCGCAACCUCCUACACCGUGACCUGGAUGACACCAAGCUGCCCCAAUUGCUGGCCGAGGGAGAAAUGGGGGGCGGGCCCUCCAACACCGCAGAACCCCCAAGGGGGCUGGCGGCUGAGCGGGGUCCCACCACUGAAGCCAUCCCUGAAACUGUGGUGAGCCGGGAGUUCCCACGCUGGGUACAUGUGGCGGAGCCCAUUUACUAUUUCCGCCACACACACGUGCCCAUCAGUGAUGGCACGGUGGAGGCGCGGGCCACCCUCACCUGGACCCUCAACCCGCAAAUCGACAAUGAGGCGCUCUUCAGCUGUGAGGUGAAGCAUCCAGCACUCUCCAUGCCCAUGCAGUCAGAGGUGACUCUCGUUGCUCCCAAGGGCCCUAAAAUCAUCAUGACCCCAAUGAGAGCACGGGUUGGAGACACUGUUCGGAUCUUGGUGCAGGGCUUUCAGAAUGAAGUUUUCCCUGAGCCCCUCUUCACAUGGACCCGUGUGGGAAGCCGGCUCCUGGAUGGCAGUGCCGAGCACGCCGGGAAGGAGCUGGUGCUGGAGCGAGUGCCAGCUGAGCUCAAUGGCUCCAUGUACCGCUGCACUGCGCAGAACCCACUGGGUUCCACUGACACCCACACCCGCCUCAUUGUCUUUGAAAAUCCGAAUAUUCCCCGAGGAACAGAGGACUCCAAUGGUUCAGUUACCAGCCACUGCAGCUUCAGACUAGUUUUGGCACUCACCCUAACAGUGAUCCUGGAGCUAACGUGAAGCUUCGCUUGCCUCUUCCUCCGUACAGCUCCACCCGUCAUUUACACCUCUGCCAAUCGGUUCUCUUUUUUUCUUUUUUUUUCUAUGCUAUUUACAGUCUCGGUCUCUUUCUGUCUGUGUCUUGGCUUCCUUGGACAAUUUAAUUAAAAGAAAAAAACCUGCCUCUGUAGAAGGCUGCACUGAA